GGCUGAGGGGAGGCCCGGAGCCUUUCUGGGGCCUGGGGGAUCCUCUUGCAUCGGUGGGUGGAGAGAAGUGCCUGCAGCCAACCAGGGUCAGGCUUUGCUCACAGUUUCCUCCGGGCGGGCGGCAUGUAAAGGCUCCACAAAGGAGCUGGGAGUUCAAAUGAGGCUGCAGCAGACGGCCUAAGGACGGACCGAGCCGUGAGCUGCGCCUCCUGAAUCUGGACCUGCAGAGCAUGGCCCUGAGGUGGCCGCCAGCCCCCACCACCGGAGAAGGCAGGUCCUGAGCAGCCCCGCAGGACCCCUGGCCAGCCCCCGCCCCAGCCUGCCGAGCCCCACUGUGCAGGCGGAGCAGAGCCAGCAGAGGCCAGUGAGGCAGGGCUGCUGGGUGACCGGGCCAGCCUGUGACGCGAGGAGCCCUCCUGGAGGCCAUGGAGAGGCUGCCUCGCUGACGGCCGCGGAGAAGCAUGUGAGGAGCUGCCUCGGAAGCCAAGCAGGAGGGAAGAGGUUUUCAUAGGCUCUGUUCGCAAAGAAAAACCACCAUUUUGCAAGAACCAUGAGGGCGCUAUGUGUGACAUGCUGGUGGCUGGGACUGCUGGCUGCCUCGGGAGCUGCUGCUGGCCAGAAGGAUGGGUUAGAAGGCACAGAAGAGGGCUCGCCAAGUGAGUUCAUUUAUCUGAACAGGUACAAGCGGGCUGGCGAGUCCCCGGACAAGUGCACCUAUACCUUCAUUGUGCCCCAGCAACGGGUCACAGGUGCCAUCUGCGUCAACUCCAAGGAGCCCGAAGUGCUCCUGGAGAACCGUGUGCACAAGCAGGAGCUAGAGCUGCUCAACAACGAGCUGCUCAAGCAGAAACGGCAGAUUGAGACACUGCAGCAGCUAGUGGAGGUGGACGGCGGCAUCGUGAGCGAGGUGAAGCUGCUGCGCAAGGAGAGCCGCAAUAUGAACUCACGGGUCACGCAGCUCUACAUGCAGCUCCUGCACGAGAUCAUCCGCAAGCGGGACAAUGCACUGGAGCUCUCCCAGCUGGAGAACCGCAUCCUCAACCAGACAGCCGACAUGCUGCAGCUGGCCAGCAAGUACAAGGACCUGGAGCACAAGUACCAGCACCUGGCCACACUGGCCCACAACCAAUCGGAGAUCAUCGCACAGCUCGAGGAGCACUGCCAGCGGGUGCCGGCGGCCAGACCCAUGCCCCAGCCGCCCCCCGCUACUCCACCCCAGAUCUACCAGCCGUCCCCCUACAACCGCAUCAUCAAUCAGUUUUCCACCAAUGAGAUCCAGAGUGAUCAGAACCUGAAGGUGCUGCCGCCCCCUCUGCCCACCAUGCCCACCCUCACCAACCUCCCGUCUUCCACAGACAAGCCAUCGGGCCCAUGGAGAGACUGCCUGCAGGCCCUGGAGGAUGGCCAUGACACCAGCUCCAUCUACCUGGUGAAGCCAGAGAACACCAACCGUCUCAUGCAGGUGUGGUGCGACCAGCGGCACGACCCUGGUGGCUGGACCGUCAUCCAGAGGCGCCUGGACGGCUCUGUCAACUUCUUCAGGAACUGGGAGACAUACAAGCAAGGGUUUGGGAACAUCGACGGCGAGUACUGGCUGGGCCUGGAGAACAUUUACUGGCUGACGAACCAAGGCAACUACAAACUGCUGGUGACCAUGGAGGACUGGUCUGGCCGCAAGGUCUUUGCAGAAUAUGCCAGCUUCCGCCUGGAGCCUGAGAGCGAGUAUUACAAGCUGCGGCUGGGGCGCUACCAUGGCAAUGCUGGUGACUCCUUCACCUGGCACAACGGCAAGCAGUUUACCACUCUGGACAGAGACCACGAUGUCUACACAGGGAAUUGUGCCCACUACCAGAAGGGAGGCUGGUGGUAUAACGCCUGCGCCCAUGCCAACCUCAAUGGGGUUUGGUACCGCGGGGGCCAUUACCGGAGCCGCUACCAGGAUGGAGUCUACUGGGCCGAGUUCCGAGGAGGCUCCUACUCACUCAAGAAAGUGGUGAUGAUGAUCCGGCCCAAUCCCAACACCUUCCACUAAGCCAGCUCCCCUCCUGACCUCUCGUGGCCUUUGUCAGGAGCCUGCCCUGGCCAUGCAGGCCUCAGCACAAAAAGCAACUCCUCACCAGUUCAGCUGGGGGCCAGAAGGACUGAGAUGGUGGACUGUUUUCCCGAGUCACUGCGGCAGAUAAUGGAACUGAAUAGUACAGUAUUCUCUGUCCCUACUACUUUCCUUCACACCAGACAGCCUCUCAUGUUUCCAGACAGGACAGGACUGCAGACCAGUCUUUCCUUAAAUAAAUUAAGUUCCUACAAUAAAAACACAACUGCAAAAUACCUUCA